AUGCAGAUGACACUGUCUAAUAUUGAGAAGACAGCUCUGCUCUCUGAGCAUGUCAAUCUGCUUACUGCUGAGGUGGAACCCGAGGCAGCAGACCAGAAAAUGCGGGAUUUUGAGACACAGGUUGACCUGACUAGAAGGAAGCAGCAGAAACCCUUCUCUGAGAAGGCAGUGAAGAGAGAUUUUGAGAUAAUUAUCACCUCAGAUGAGGAGAAGAAGAAGAAGAAGAAGAAUAAGAACUGA